GCGCGGAAGUGCGGGCGGAAGUGGGGCCGGAGCGCUUUAGGGAGGGACCUGCGGAGUAAACAUACUCUGCCGACGCCUGUGGAAGGUAUCGGAGGGCGCUGCCUACCAUGAACCGCCUCCAAGAUGACUAUGACCCCUACGCAGUUGAAGAGCCUAGUGACGAGGAGCCGGCUUUGAGCAGUUCUGAAGAUGAGGUGGAUGUGCUUUUACAUGGAACUCCUGACCAAAAACGAAAACUUAUCAGAGAAUGUCUUACUGGAGAAAGUGAAUCCUCAAGUGAAGAUGAAUUUGAAAAAGAAAUGGAAGCUGAAUUAAAUUCUACCAUAAAAACAAUGAAGGACAAGUUAUCCUCUCUAGAAACAGGGUGUUCCUCAGGAAAUGGGAAAGGAGGAACAGCUCUGACAAAGUAUUAUGACAAUAUAUAUUUUGAUUCUGAUUCUGAGGAUGAAGACACAGCAGCACAGGUGACCAAGAAAAAGAAGAAGAAACAGCACAGAAUUCCAACAAAUGAUGAAUUACUAUAUGAUCCUGAAAAAGAUAACAGAGAUCAGGCCUGGGUUGAUGCACGGAGAAGAGGCUACCAUGGUUUUGGAAUACAGCGGCCACAUCAGCAACAACAGCCUGUUCCAAAUAGUGAUGCUGUCUUGAAUUGCCCUGCCUGCAUGACCACACUGUGUCUUGACUGCCAAAGGCAUGAAUCAUACAAAACUCAAUAUAGAGCGAUGUUUGUAAUGAAUUGUUCUGUCAACAAAGAAGAGAUUCUAAGAUACAAAACCACAGAAAACAGGAAGAAAAGGCGAGGCCAUAAGAAAAUGAGGUCUAACCAAGAAGAUGCUGUGGAGCAGGCAGAGACAGAUGUGGAAGAAAUCUAUCACCCAGUCAUGUGCACUGAAUGUUCCACUGAAGUGGCAGUCUAUGACAAGGACGAAGUCUUUCAUUUUUUCAACGUUUUAGCAAGCCAUUCCUAAAUAGCUAAGUUGGCAUUUAGUUGCCCAGUACUGUAUACAAGGCAAAUAUGAACAGUUAUAUUCCUCCUGCCUACUCAUCUCAGAUGUCAUUCUGAGUAGUGAUUUGAAGAAGCAGUGUUUUAUUUUUAUUUUUUUUGAAAGAACAUGGUUAUCUACCUUCAUCCCUCCCCUUCCUUUUAAAAAUUUUUUCACCAGCUCUAAUGGGACUCAUUAUUCAUUCCCUUGUUGAUAGAUAUUUGGAAACUGGAGCUUUUUAUUUAUUAAAGCUCUUUAGAAUUAAAAUGUUCUGGAAUUACAGGUAA